UUGCCGUUCAAUUGGCGUAGCACAGCGAGCAGAGAAAGGUGCCGUUUUUAAUUGGGCGUUGGUUUGGUUAGAAGCAGACUCUCUGGGUCAAUGGUGAAUAGUUACACGGAAUUGGUACAGUGGAUUACAUCCUUACAGACAGCGACGUGUUGGGACAGCGUAAAUACUAGUAUAUUGACACAUCCGGGAACUAUGUCAGCAACGCAGCGUCCUGGGUUGAUCGUUACUAUACUGUUCCUGCAAGGCGUUUGUACAUUCGCCACCAAUCCAGAUAUUGCCAUCACAGAAUUCACAGUCACAUCACCAGAUCCAGUAGUCUACCAACAAAAUACUCGUAUAGAUAUCAUAUUCACUGUCGAAAUCUCGAACGUGGCUGCAACCACGGGAGAUUUGACCGUCAGAAGUAACUAUGGCAACAAUUUUAUUUUGAAGUUGUAUCUGACAGACAAUCCACAGUACGAAGACUCGACGUCGGACACGUCACAACAAACCGUCAUGGACCGAGGAGUGAAUCAAGCGAUUGAUGCGGGACAGUCCAUUAUGCUUACAGGGUUGAGAGGUCAGGUGAAGAUUCCUAGUGAGAAUUGUGGCGCUUAUAGCUAUAUUUGUAUAGUUCCUGAAAUAGUCGACUCGUCUUACACAGAUUCUAACGUGGAAAACGACGAUAAAUGCGUGAUGUUUGGACUACAAGACGACGAGAAAGCCGGUGAAAAACAGUGUCAAAAUUAUAUGGACGAAGUUGAAUCAAGAUAUGGCGUCGUAGUUACAUUAGAAGAUAUCAUCCUCGCUGAUCAGUGGCCACCAAUUGUCACAAGUUAUCGUCAGGCGGUUGCCAAUUUGGUUAACACCUACUGUAAUAUCAACUCGCAUUUUGGAGCGUGUUGUCCAGGUUACGGAUCAAAACGCAGUACUCUCUUGGCCGACGUGGUUGACGCCGACGACGUUAAGAUUGGGAGAGGAUUUCCUGUACAAUCCACGAAUGGAGAAAAUGGCAGGAUAAUGACGUACAUCAUGGCAAAAGACAACAACACACUUUGUAAUUUGGGAAGCUCCAGUAAUUCAAGAAAACGAAGAAAUAUUCGAAAUCCGUCUGACAGUCUGAGGGUACGGAGAGCAAGUGAAGAUAUGUUCUACUUAACCCAGGACGCCCUAUAUGGGUCGAUAAACGAACACCGAGAUGAUUUAGGAAAUGAAAUUGAUUAUCACGUCAUAGGAGUGAGUAUGACGGAACAUAUGGGAGAGGAUGAGUUCUUUAUUGAAUCGUGGUUGAUUGCUGUUAUUGUUGUAUGUGCCCUCAUCUCACUCACUGUUAUCGGUGCUGUGAUAUGGUUGGUGCUACCGCAACGAAACAAAGACGUUCAAGUCUACGUAUACCAAUAAGACAAGUAUGAAAUGAAAAUAGAGCAACGCUGAGAUGACGUAAUACACUGUGUCGUAACUGACUUGACGGGAUGUUGGAUCACCCGGAAUGCUCACAACAAUCAACUCUCGGAAGAUCAAGAACGAUAAUAGUUUCAGUCCCAACUUGUGUGUCUGUGUUUGCGUAUUCCCCGUGACAUGAGUUACCAUACUGACUAAUACAGCCUUGUUAUGCACCGCAGAUAUUUGGACACGGAGCCGUCAACUCGCUCUACUCACCCCUUAACCCCUCAAUGGGGGUUCAACGUCAAUGUCGACUGUACUCAUUUGUCACUACCAGUACCCCCGGGGGGGGGGAAUACCGUCCCGGUGAAGGUUGAAAAAGAAGUCCCACUUACAUCUACACAACUUUUUAAUGGGAGCUCCCUCUCCCUGCCGAAGCAGCCCCGGGUACUGGUGGUAAACGUAUACAACAAAACGGAUACUGGUGAUAAACUCGUCUGGGUAUGCGGAUACUUUUCCCUGUAGAGCCGGAGUAGUACGCGAACAACUGAAACAAAAGUGUCGUUUUAAAAAGUACGGCCCCUUGUUGCUAUACCAUUUUUGGGUCACGAGAAAGAAUGACUUGUGAUGAUUUAAUUGCAGGAUGGAUGACACUGCCUUACAAUAACUCAGGGACCCAACUUUAUGAAACAGUACUUCGUUACUAAAUGCAAGUCUGCAUUAUUUCCUAAUAUAUUUCAUAAACUCUUCGGCCCUCUCCCACGAAAGAACAGUUAGGGGGCCAGAUUUACUUGAACCUGACGAGAACGUGUCCAUUUCGUGUCAUUCACGUUCUAGUAUUCCACCCAAAGAUACCAUAUUGCAUUUCAGAAAACCCACUGCGCCCUCUAGGACGGUUGGUUGGUUGUGUAUUCAGAAUCAUAGGCAAAUCUAUGAAAAAUAUUAGCGGACGACCGCGGAUCAAAACAAACCGACGCCCUCAACGUCUCCGAGUAUGUGCUUAUACCUAAGCCGGUUCUUUGCCCUCAAUCAACGGUCACCCACAAGGACCAAGUAUCA